GGCAGGCAGGUAGACAUGCAUCAGAACAGGCGGAAGAAGAAGCGGGUGAACUACGGCGUGAGGGCGGUCGAGGUGGUCCGCGGCGCGAAGGGCUACGGCUUCACGAUAUCGGGCCAGCAGCCGUGCAUCCUCAGCUGCAUCGUGCAGGGCAGCCCGGCGGAGGGCGCCGGCCUGCGCGCCGGCGACUACCUGGUGGCCGUCAACGGCCACAACGUCAGCAAGGUGCCGCACGACGACGUGGUGCAGCUGAUCGGCAGCUCCAGGGGCGUCCUGCGGCUGCAGAUCGCCGAGAACUACUACUCCGACUCCUCGGACGAGGAGGGCUUGGCCACGGUGAGAUCCAAGCCCAAGUACGCGCACAAGCCGCGGGCCGCCGGCGCGGGCGCCCUCCAGCUGCAGUGCCGGGCGGCGAAGGUGGUCAGGGAUCUGCAGAGCGGCGCGAUGUUCCACACGGUCCCGGCCGGCCUGGUCCCAGCGCCCGACGUUAAGGACGUUCAGUACAAUUACUCCGGCCUGCACUACCGCUGGAACAUGACCAGUCCGCUCCCGCCGCCGCCGCCGCCGGUCUCCCACAAGCGCGACUCCGAGAAGAUCGUGCACAGAACGGUCGUCGGUUAUCUCGGCACUAUCGACAUACCGAAUCAGUUACAUCCGUCCUCUAUGAUGCAGGUUUUGAGAAAGUGCAUUAAAAGACUGAAGGCCGAGAAGCGAAAUCCAACCACCGUCCUUCUCACCAUUCACGUUGCCAACAUUAAGCUCACGAAUUCGGAGAAUCGCAUUAUCGCCGAGUACCCCUCGUACCGGAUAAUAUUCUGCAACUCCUUCUCCGAGCAGGACAAGCAGUAUUUCGGGAUAUUAACCAAGUCCAUGAGGAACACGGACGACAUCGUCUCGAACUCGUGUCACGUUUUCACUAUUUAUUACAAGUUAAUCGACCACGAAGUGCACUCCAGUGCGUGUAACGUGUUCGGAUUUAUGUGUACAAAGUCAUCGGAGCUGAACGUCUGCCAGGAGUUUCCCGACAGUUGUACGAGCCUUAUCGGUGCCAUACAGACACUGUAUAUAUCCGAUUGCACGAACGGGGAGACGAAUCCUUACAGCGAGGCACGCGUACGCCUGGACACCGCCUCUCCUCAGCCGAGCAACAUCAGCACGUCGACCGCUCAUUCGAGCAACAGUGAUUCCGGUAUUGGUUUCAAGGACGAUUACGGCAGCUGCUCGGCUAAAAACCUGGCGAACGACUGCGAGCGAAGAAGACAAUACUCCAAUAUGCAAUAUAGGAAUGUAAGCGCGCGAUUACCCAAAGAACCUGUCAAUGAGGCUGCGGGACACCGAUUGACAGUUCGCGCGACCUCGGAGGCCAGAUUGUGGAGCGAGGAGCUAAAAUUCGAUUUCUCUAAAGAGAUGCGGCACGUGGCGGGGAGUGGGGAGGGUACGACCACCACCUGCGCCGGAACAUCUGCCCCUGCUGCGACGGCACGACCCAUGUUGGCCAGUACGUCCGUUGGAUCCCUCGCGUCCGUUUGUACCGCAGCGUUGCUCGACGGGAUCGAGGACGCCGCGGAGUCGUCUAAACUGGCGUCGACGGAGGGACUGAAGCGUCUCAUGGACACCACGAACAACAAGCUCAGCCCGAAGGUGUACUGCGGCCAGGUCACGAAGUCGCUGGUCCACAGCUUGGAGGACAUCAAUUCCAGCAUGGAGUACGCGCGGCCGCCCUACUGUCACUCGUAUUCCGGCAAGUCCGACAAGCCUCGUCCUUGGGGAAGUCUGCAGGAGAUACGGAAUUUUCGCAGCAGCGCCUCGGACAAUUGCAUAUACGGUAGUACCGAGUCUUGUGACAAGAACAGCGACUGUAAAGGAGUGCACACGUGGGCGAAUGGAUUUGAAAAGUUGUUGGAGGAUCCAAAGGGCUUGCAAACGUUCGCUGAAUUUCUCAAGAAGGAGUUUAGUCACGAAAAUAUAUAUUUUUGGGCUGCUUGUGAGAGAUAUAAAGAUACUAAAGACGCUGCUACGCGCCGUCGAUUAGCUUGUCAGAUAUAUCAGCGCCAUUUGUCGAGUACAGCCGCCGAGCCAGUAAACGUUGAUAGUCAUGCGUCAGGACAAAUUACCCAAGAAUUACUCGACGAAGCGCCCGCGGAUUUAUUUUUGCAGGCUCAGAAACAAGUAUUCAACCUGAUGAAGUUCGACAGUUACCCGAGAUUCUUAAGAUCGGAACUUUAUCGCGCCUGCUUGGAAGCGGGGAGUGCCGUUGUUGAUACAGAAGACUGUGAUCUACAUCUUACGAGUUCGCCUAGUGUAAAAUUAAAGAAGAGCCACUCCGAUGCGGAGGAUCGUUGUCGAAAGUCGCUUCUUCCAUGGAAUAGGAAAAAUAGAUCUAAAUCGAAGGAUCGCGGCGAAUCCGAGUACAACAAAGCGCCUAGCCGAAGUGAGACUAUAUAUAAAAGCUUUACAGUUAUUAAGAGAGAAACGGAGGGUAACAAUAAUGAAGACAGCGUGUCGAUAUCCAGUAGUCGGUCGUCCUUAGCGUCGUGGGAUUUGGCGUUACGGCAGUCGUUUACUAAAUCUGUAUCGUCUUGCGAUGGGCAAACGAACGAAAAGAGAGACGCUCGCAGCAAAUGUACGGGUUUAUGUCGAGUCAUAUUGCCUGAUGGAUCCACUACUGUAGUGACAACCAGCCAAACCGAGAGCAUUAAAGACGUGGUUACGCGUCUCCUUGAUAAGCGGGCUCUACGAUUUUCUAACUAUGAUGUUCUGAUACUAGCAACAGAUGAGAUGGUGGACACGAAGUGUUUUUCGUCAGUAUUAGCAGGCCAGGAAGUGGAGGUCGUCCUCACAAAAGUCUUAAAAGUAGAAUUACCCUCGCGAAGGAUAAUAAGCGUUAUCGCCCACAAGGGUAAAACUCUGAAAGAAGUUUUGAGACCUCUUCUAAAUAAAUAUGGCUUCAAUUUAGACUUGAUUAGUAUUUGGAGCGAAGGCCGUUGUAUUCCUAUGGAUAUUACGGCUAUUAAUGCUCCUACGCGCAUUAUCGUAGUGGCGAAUGAAGAAGAUUUUCAACGGGAGUUGCAUACCGCCAAGUAUUUAGACGAAGUGCCACACGUACAGCCAACUCUGGAUGAAAUUACUAAUAAAGUAUUUGAGGAGCUUCUGGUUGGGAAAAGUAGAAAUAAGUAUCAGUAUAGUGAAGGGUCAUGUAAGUCGGAUGAUCAACGUUCGGAGGGUUCUUCUAUAUUAUCUAGCAAAUUCUUUCUUCGAGAUUCAACAAUUCACGGAAAGAAAAAGGUGAAAUCUAAAUGUUGCAAUACAAGUGAAAAGGGUAAUACAAACGACUGCAUACACGAGGGAGCGCCCAUUAAAUCCCAGCCACCACUUAUCGCAAAGUGGCGUAAUGGCGUAAAAUUGCAGCUUCCGGGCAGAUUUGACGGGGAUGAGUUAUACGAGGGAUUGAAACGGGCGCAAAGAUCGAGAUUGGAGGACCAGAGAGGGACGGAAAUCAACUUUGAACUACCAGAUUUUUUAAAGAACAAGGAGAACGGGAAACCAUCGGAUUCUAACAAGAUGCGAAGGAGUCGGGUGGUGUCGGCCAAUUGCGAGGGCACCUCGAAGUUUUACGACUCCGGCGAGGAUAAGCAGAGCAGCAGCGGAUACGAGUAUCCCGCGCACGUGACGAACGGAGUCGCGAACGAACGAUUCUCGGCCUUGGUUAAUAACACUACCGAGCCUUUAAGCAAGUGCCUUGACAAUUCGUUCACGCUGGACGGCGACAGGACAUUGGUGGACGGGGAUCAGACGAUCAUCGAGAACGGUGCUGAUUCCCCGUCGAAGAGCCCGCACUCAGGAAGUUACGGGGGCGCGGAUGCGUCGCACGCGAAACUGUCGAAACCUCCGCCGCUACCGCCGAAGCCCAAGAAUCUUGUCGUGAACGUGGUGAAAAGCGGAUACAUCGCGUCCCCGAAAACUCUGCAGAGGGCUAACCAUGUGAUCGAAUGAGAACACAAUCGAACACUGUGUAAAGAGAAAGAUAUUUUUUAGUUAACGUAUAACUUAACGUCUCGUUUUUAGCGUAGCGUUUCAUGUGAUGCCACGAUCAACCGUUUGAAUACGAUACAGUACGAUACCUGAGUUUUUUUUUUAAUUUAAUUCAUUUAUUAUGAAUUAUCAGAAGGGAUGGAACUCCGUGCCGGAGUUUAUAUCUGGACGGAGGAUACAGGGCAACAUGAUUAAUCGUAUUCCCUUAUUAUGCAUUGUUCUAUCAUAUAUUCACACACAUUCCGCAACUUAGAUUUUAUUUCGAAAACGUUGUGUCCUGUCUGUGCCUUGAUUCUAGAAAGCUAUAGUACGUAAAUUUUAUGUAUUUUAAUGAAAUAUGAUUUUUUUUUUAAGGAUAUUUUUCUUUUAUGUCUUAUGCAUGCAC